CCCAAAACCCAUAAUUCCUUAAGCCCUGAAAAUCCUCUCUAUCAUCCAAACAAAAUAAUUCUGCAACCAUGGAUUUUCAAGUGGUUGUAUUAGCAGGAGGCUUCUCCAAGACCCUUGUCCCUCUUGUUUCCAAGGAGGUGCCCAAAGCCUUGCUCCCGGUUGCGAACAGGCCAGUUCUUUCUUAUGUUUUGGAGCUUCUUGAGCAAAAUAACCUUAAGGAUCUCAUUGUUGUUGUUGAGAGCGAAAGCGCGGCUUUGCUUAUAGGAGGUUGGAUAUCAAGUGCCUAUGUUGAUCGCCUGCACGUGGAGGUGGCAGCAGUUCCUGAAGAAAUUGGGACAGCUGGUGCUCUGCGAGCUAUUGAUCACCACUUGACUGCAAGUGAUAUCUUGGUUGUGAGUGGUGAUCUUGUUUGUGAUGUCCCACCUGGGGUUGUAGCUGCUACUCAUCGACGACACGAUGCAGUAGUCACUGCAAUGCUUUGUUCUAAUCCUGUUAGUGGAUCAACAGAAUCAGGUUCCUCUGGCGUAAAGGACAAAGCCAAGAAACGCUAUAACAUAAUAGGACUGGACCCCACAAAGCAGUUUCUGUUGCAUGUAGCAGCUGGAGUUGAAGUUGAGAAAGAUGUACGAGUUCAGAAGAGCAUCCUCAGAGCAGUAGGCCAGAUGGAUAUUCGUGCUGAUUUAAUGGACGCUCAUAUGUAUGCUUUCAAGAGGUCUGUUUUGCAAGAGGUUCUGAAUCAAAAAGAAGCUUUCCAGAGCCUAAGACGAGAUGUUUUACCUUAUCUAGUUAGAAGCCAGCUGAGAUCUGAACUGUUGUUAAAUGGAGUGCAAUCAGAAGAAAAUGGGAAUGAUAAGGAUGCUUCACAGAAUCCCAAAAUUGUGCUGUCUCAGCUUCUGGCUAAUGCAUCUACCCCAAGUUUUCAUGAAUUGCAGCAUGCCUUGGGUCCAAAUGGUUUCUCUCUUAGUCCAAGGAAAACUCAUAAAUGCUGUGUCUAUAUUGCCAGCAACAGCAACUAUUGUGUACGCUUGAAUACCAUCCAGGCAUUCUCUGACAUAAAUCGAGAUGUCAUAGGGGAUGCAAGUCACCUUUCUGGCUAUUCUUUCUCUGCUCAGAAUAACAUUAUUGAUCCAUCUGCUGUGCUUGGUUCAAAGACAACUGUGGGACCACAGUGUAUGCUAGGGGAAGGUUCACAGAUGGGUGAUAAAUGCAGUGUAAAGAAGUCAGUUAUUGGCCGUCACUGCCGGAUAGGUUCAAAUGUUAAGAUUGUUAAUUCCAUUGUUAUGAACCAUGUCACCAUUGGAGAUGGUUGUUCAAUCCAAGGUUCUGUUGUUUGUAGUAACGUGCAACUCCUAGAACGCGUUGUUUUGAAGGACUGUCAGGUUGGAGCAGGUUUUGUAGUCAUUGCUGGGAGUGAACACAAGGGAGAAUCAUUGGCAAAGAAAGAGAAGUAGUGAUAGUUUUGUUUUACUUUUUUUUUUCCUGGUUAAACAAGGCUACCCUUGUAUUUUUUAUUUUUGUGCCAUCUUUUAGGAAAAUCAGGUCAAGAUCAGUUUUGUUUGAUAUUCAUGUAGCUGUAGUUUUCCCUCCCGUUAAGAGUAGAAAAAUGCCAUUUGUUACCUCUUUUUGGGGAGUGGGCUCGUUGUACAAACAUCUACUUCACACAGAUUGUAGCAAAAGAUUGGAAAAUCAUUGCUGUUUGUAUUUUUUGCACAAAAAGGAAAAAGAAAUGUGAUUUUAUGCUUC